CCCCUGGCUCUGCAGGGUAUGGUAUUCGGGGAGCGGGCAAUUGGCCAGCUCCUACUCAGUGCGUGUGGACGAGUGUCGCCCCAGAGAGGUGUCCUAGCUCCUCCACGGACAUAUGCACAUACCCUUGGCUGGGCUGAGCCCCUAGAAUAUGACGAGAACCGUGAAAAGGUCCGAGAAGAGAUUUACGGAGUGGCGCGGUAGGGAAUCUUUGCAGUAAUGCCAAGUUAAGUAAAGGCUUGUGUCCGCCGCUUGUUCUGUUCUAAUAUCUACGACUCUUCUCUAUUUAAGCUGCUCCCUUCAGCUCCUCAAUUUACUCAGUGCUUUGGUCCUUAACCUCAGCAUUCCCAUCACUUCACUAUGUCUGAUAAGCCCACACUCAUAUUGGUGCCUGGAGCAUGGCACAGUACUGAAACAUGGGAUAAAGUUUCUUCACUCUUAGAGGCGCAGCAGUACAAAUGUGUACCCGUAGCUCUUCCAUCAACAGCGGGGAAUGAUUCAGCAACUUUCGGAGAAGACGUCGACGCCGUUCGAGAUUCCAUCGCAGCGGAGACCACACAAGGGCAUGAUGUUGUAGUUGUUGUGCACUCCUACGGCGGUGCAGUCGGCCAGAGUGCAAUCAAAGGCCUCACCCGCGUCAAGCAAAAUGUUCCGCCAUCUUCAAACGACCAAUCCGGCUACGUCCUCGGCAUCGUCAUGAUGGCCUCAGGAUUCGGCCAGACAGGGGUAAGCUUCAUUGACGGUCUUGGCGGCAAACCACCGCCAUCAUGGAGGGCUGAUCCGAGCGGUUUUGCCAUCAUAACAGUUCCACCUAGGGAAUUGUUCUACCACGACCUUCCCGAGGCAGAGGGCGAUUACUGGGUCACCAAACUGAAGAAACAGUCGCUGAAAGCUUUGAUGGAGGGUGGCGAGCAUUCUUAUGCUGGCUGGAAGGAUGUGCCGGUUUGGUUUUUGGCAUGUACAGAGGACAAGGCUUUCCCUGUUCAGGCUCAGAUGAUGCUUGUGCAAGUUGCGAAGGAUUCCAAUGCAAAUAUCACCUUGCGAGAGGUUGAGAGCAGCCAUUCGCCGAUGCUGAGCAGGCCGAAGGAAACUGUUGAUUUCAUAAUAGAAGCCGUGGCGUCAUUUACAGAAUAGAAAAAGGAAAGCUUGUUAUGUUCAAUUCUGCUCUGAGACGUUUGUGCAAUAGAAAACAAUGCCUCCCUUUGCAAAUUCUUCUAAGCUUGCUAAUGAAAUAGUUGAGAACGUUGUGACACAACACUAAGGUGAAGACACAUCCUUCAACUUUAUUAGCACCAUCUCGCUGCUUAAAUACUAUCCUGCUAAUUGCGAUUUAAUUUAACAAGUCUGCC